GUACUCAGGCGUUCACCCCUCUUUACUAACCUAACGGAGGGUAAAUCACCUCAACUAGACUACUACGUCAAUGGGCAUCAGUACAAUAUAGGGUAUUAUCUAGUAGAUGACAUUUACCCAAGAUAGGCGACACUCGUCCAAAUAUGAAAUCAAUGAUCUUUAUAGGAAUUUUACAAUAUGACCGAUUUUGAUCAUAAAUAUAAAGUUAUGUGAAUCUGAAAAGUUUUGAGUAAAGCCCAAUUGAAGCAAAAAAAAAAAAAAAAAACAAAUCCAAGAGAAGGUUUUGGGCCAGCCUAAUUCAGCCUGAAAUUUAAAAAGACUUUUAAAUCCUAAUUGAGCAUCGGCUCGGAUCAGCGUGGGUCUCUCCGUCCCAUUUGCAGACCUAUUUCGCACUACCAGGGUUUCACUAAAAUCUCACUUUCGGCGUUUCCCUCGCAUAAAAACCUCACCGGACUUCUCUUCUUCUCCUUCUUCUUCCUUCCUCCUCACACUCCACAGUUUCACACAGAUCUCGCCAUCAACAUGCAAGCUCCAGUGCUCGUCCUCAAAGAUUCAUUGAAGCGUGAGUCGGGGACUAAAGUACACCAUGGAAAUAUCCAGGCAUCGAAGGCUGUUGCUGACAUAAUCCGGACAACCUUGGGUCCUCGGUCCAUGCUCAAGAUGCUACUUGACGCUAGUGGAGGAAUUGUAGUGACUAAUGAUGGAAAUGCCAUUCUGCGUGAAUUGGAUCUUGCUCACCCAGCAGCAAAGGCAUGAUAUUUGUCUCAAAUUGUUCCUUUCUGGAUUUUAUUUUUGUUUAAUCUUUUCGGUUCAAAAACGUCUGUUCCCCAUCUAUUUUUGCAUUUUCUUCACUGGCGUUGAAACAAAAUGUUAUGAAAUAUAACAUGCACUCCAGAUGCUAUUUCUAACUCCUUGUUCCUUGAGAUCAGAGUAGAUACAGGUUGCUUUUGUAUACUCAGUUCUAACCUUUGGCCUCCAUUUUUGGUCACUCACCUCUAGCGUGUUGUUUGUUUGCCUUUCUUCUACCUGAACAGUAAGUAGAAUUACCACAGAGAUGAUAGUAAUAUUUGAACCUCCGUACCUUCCCAGAGGGUUUUUACUCCUGCUCCAUAGUUCAGAUUUAGCAGUAGGUAGCCUUCCUUUAAUUCCAUUCACUGUGUUAGGUGACUUCCUAUAAUAAAUGCCCCCAACCCCUUCCAUAAAGGCUUGGUGGAAGAACAACACCAAACCCAACACCCACACCCCAAAACACCUAAUCAAUUCGGAGAAACCAACCCCCAACCGAAAUAACUCUCCCAACCCUACCAAGAUUAACCACCAGUCACACCACCCUAGAAAACCAAAGAAAAGAGAAAUACAGAAAACGGGAAACCAAACACACUCCCACACGGAGAGAAGGAACACUCACCACGGAGGGCUCUCACAACGGAGCGAAAAAAACUUUUUAUGUGGUUGCCCAGUUGGUAACCACAUAAGAAGAAAAAAAAGGAAGAACAAGAAGAAGAAGAAGAUGGUGUACAGAGAGAAGAAAAAACUGGGAAAAGUGGGAAGAAUAAGAAGAAGAGGGAGAAGAAGACGGGAGGGGUGUCAGAUGAAGACAAAAAUUAAAACACCAAAUUAUUAUUUUAUAAUAAAAAUUAAUAAUAUUUUAAUAAAAUUGACUAGGCUAUUUUUUGUUAGGAGUGGAGAUGUUUUGGCCUAUUACUGUUCAUUAGGGUCUAUUACUGUUUACUUGAGUGGAUAAAUGAGUUGGGUGCUGGUGCAAAGUCUUUAGGGGUGGAAUUGCUCUAAAGGCUUGGUGGAAGAACAGCACCAAACCCAACACCCACACCCCAAAACACCUAAUCAAUUCGGAGAAACCAACCCCCAACCGAAAUAACUCUCCCAACCCUACCAAGAUUAACCACCAGUCAAACCACCCUAGAAAACCAAAGAAAAGAGAAAUACAGAAAACGGGAAACCAAACACACUCCCACACGGAGAGAAGGAACACUCACCACGGAGGGCUCUCACAACGGAGAGAAAAAAACUUUUUAUGUGGUUGCCCAGUUGGUAUCUUCACUGGCGUUGAAACAAAAUGAUUUUGUGAGUAAUUUGUAGUCAAGUUGGGAGAGAGAAAUAGAGUGAUUUUUCCAGAAAAAGAGAGAAAAAAAAUGUGAGAGAAAAAAAAAAAAAAAAAGGAGGAAAGAGAGAUAAAGAAGAAAGGGAGAGAGGAUGAUAUGAGUGAAAAACGAGAGAGAAAGAGAGGGAAGUUAAUGAGACCUGUUGGACUCGCGUGGCGCGUCAGGUGUUAGGUUCUCGUAGGGCUCCCACAAUGUCUAUAAAUCUGAUCCCAUUUACAAAUUUAGUUUUACCAUCCCAUUCCAGAAGGUAUCAACUUGAGCCGAAGAAAAUGGCCACCGAAUCCAUCGAGGUUGAAAUCGUCGAUACACAAACAGUUAAACCAUCCUCCCCAACUCCUCAAGACCUCAGAAAUUUUAAGCUCUAUCUUUUGGAUUUAUUUAUGCCUGGAAUUUACAUCAAAUUCCUUCUCUUCUAUCCCAAUGUUGCUAG